UCCUUGCAUUUAGGCCCAUCGAAAUUUAUUCUAUUUUUAAGUCCACAGCUUAUUUUAACUGGUUUGGCUGUCUAGGAAAAUUCAAAAUCAAAAUGUCCGAAUAUAAUACGAAAUCAAUAAGCGAGGGGGCUCUUCCCGUAUUCCCUGAAGGUGUCGAUGAGAAGGAGCAAAGUCGUCGGCUAAGUUCUUAUCUCCAGAGCCUACGCGACCGCCUGCGAUGGGCUCUUCAACAGAACCAGGAAGCUAUUUCGUCGUCGAUGAAGCUGCUCAAGGAGGUGGGUGAUAUAAGCGGCGUGCUGCUGACGAAGUCUGGUUCCCAGAUACCGGCUACCAAGAUCCGACGUCUGAUCAUGGGGUUUGAGGCUGUGAGUGGGUCGAACAUAUCCCAACAUUCCACAGUGCCAGAAAUCCCUUUGUCCAAUGAUCUGACCGGGACUAGGGCUCUUCUGGUAGAGUUUGAGACUCUAAACGAAAGUCAAAUUCUAAGGGAAAGCAUUGUCAGCUUCAAAAGUGCCGCAGAGUCACUGGAGAAGGUUCUUACUGUUCUGGAGAAACCGAAGAAUCAGGCCAGCCAACUUAGUACGAAGCCACAAGCUAGUCAGCACAGCACCCGGCGGAAUCUCCGCGAGAAGAUAGAGGCCUUUAAUAAGGGAGAGAAGCUUGGCGACAACUGCCGUCAUUUUACCAAUUGCUUCAGGACCUCCCCGAGUACGGAUGAAAUGCAGAAUGCCUUCGAAGGCAAUAAUGCGUCCAAUAAUGCCUCAAAAACGAACUCGGGAUACGAGGGCGAUGUCGAUACUGAGGCGGAGUUGGCUGACAAGUCAAGCAAUGACAGUGGAUUGCGCCCAAAAAAAUAGGGAUCAUCAAUUAACAAGGGUUUUACUGAAUAUAAGAAUCAAGGCGGAGUUGGCUGAUACGAGAAGCAAUGACACUGGAUUCCCCACCAAGGAAAGACCAUCAGCAUCAUCACUGAUUUUACUCAAAAUUUUAUAACUGUGGACAUAUUAUUAGGUAUUUUAUA